UGGCAGCUUCCUCUGCCUCACGCUGCUGUCUGACUGCAUUCAGCUGCCACUGAUAUGAAACAGAAACUAGCAGCCAAUCAAUGGAGGAGCAGCUGAUCUUUUUCCAGGAGAAAUGAUGGAAAGGAGGAUUUGAGUUGAUGUGCAGAUGAAUGAUUUGUGUUUCCUCUCCAGGUGAAAGUGGAUGUGAGUUGAGCAGCAUGAGUCAGUGUGAGGACAGAGAGGAGGGAGUCCCUCCCUCUAAAAGCACUCUGUGUGGGGAACAUGACAGCCAGACCAAAGCUCAGAGCCCAGAGCAGCAGCAGGGACCAGACUCUGCUGGACCUGGACCUGAACCUGGACCUGAGCCCAGCUGUGUGUCCUUCAACAGUGACCAGUCAGUGAAUCGCCCCAUUGAGUUUAAGCGAGGACAUGUGUCUGACAGACAGAUCCAUGAGAGCCUAGCCUGUGCUGGACCUGGAUCCAGCUGUGUGUCCUUUAAGAGUGAGCGGUCAAAUAAUCGCUUCAUUGAUUUUCAAGGACGACAUCCCACUGCAGCAAAGAGGAGGAAGCUGGAAAAACCGGAAGCCAGCGUUGUGUCCAUGAGGAGUGACUCAUCUGUGCUUCAGCCAACCUUUAGAGAUGGACUUACCUCUGUUGAUCAAAGAGUCCACCAGGAGAGCUCAGAGGUUCCCAGUGGUCAGUCUGCCCAGCAGCAUCAAACACACCUGGACUCCAUAUUUAUGCUGCUGGAGGAGAACAUUGUCACUUUUGUGAAGAACGAGCUGAAGAAGAUCCAGAAGUAUCUGAGUUCAGAUCACCCAGAAUGCUUAGAGAGUCACAGGGAGGAUGAGGAGGUGUUGAACGGUGAGGAGGAAGAGCAGAGGAGGAGCAGCAGAGAGGCAUUUCUGAAGAUCACACUUCACUUCCUGAGGAGAAUGAAGCAAGAGGAGCUGGCUGAGUGUCUGCAGAGCAAACUUCUUGCUACAGUUUGUCAACAUAAACUAAAAUCUAAACUGAAGAAGAAGUUCCAGUGUGUGUUUGAGGGGAUUGCUAAAGCAGGAAACCCAACCCUUCUGAACCAGAUCUACACAGAGCUCUACAUCGCAGAGGGAGGGACUGCAGAGGUCAAUAAUGAACAUGAGGUCAGACAGAUUGAAACAGCAUCCAGGAAACCAGACAGACCAGAAACAACCAUCAGACAAGAAGACAUCUUUAAAGCCUCACCUGGAAGAGAUGAACCAAUCAGAACAGUGAUGACAAAGGGAGUGGCUGGCAUUGGGAAAACAGUCUUAACACAGAAGUUCACUCUGGACUGGGCUGAAGACAAAGCCAACCAGGACAUACAGUUCACAUUUCCAUUCACUUUCAGAGAGCUAAAUGUGCUGAAAGAGGAAAAGUACAGCUUGGUGGAACUUGUUCAUCACUUCUUUACUGAAACCAAAGAAGCAGGAAUCUGCAGCUUUGAAGAGUUCCAGGUUGUGUUCAUCUUUGACGGUCUGGAUGAGUGUCGACUUCCUCUGGACUUCCACAACAAUGAGGUCCUGACUGAUGUUACAGAGUCCACCUCAGUGGAUGUGCUGCUGACAAACCUCAUCAGGGGGAACCUGCUUCCCUCUGCUCGCCUCUGGAUAACCACACGACCUGCAGCAGCCAAUCAGAUCCCUCCUGAGUGUGUUGACAUUGUGACAGAGGUCAGAGGGUUCAAUGACCCACAGAAGGAGGAGUACUUCUGGAAGAAAUUCAGAGAUGAAGAGCAGGCCAGCAGAGUCAUCUCCCACAUCAAGACAUCACGAAGCCUCCACAUUAUGUGCCACAUCCCAGUCUUCUGCUGGAUCACUGCUACAGUUCUGGAGGAUCUGUUGAAGACCAGAGAGGGAGGAGAGCUACCCAAGACCCUGACUGAGAUGUACAUCCACUUCCUGGUGGUUCAGUCCAAACUGAAGAAUGUCAAGUAUGAUGGAGGAGCUGAGACAGAUCCACACUGGAGUCCAGAGAGCAGGAAGAUGAUUGAGUCUCUGGGAAAACUGGCUUUUGAGCAGCUGCAGAAAGGAAACCUGAUCUUCUAUGAAUCAGACCUGACAGAGUGUGGCAUCGAUAUCACAGCAGCCUCAGUGUACUCAGGAGUGUUCACACAGAUAUUUAAAGAACAGAGAGGGCUGUACCAGGACAGGGUGUUCUGCUUCGUCCAUCUGAGCAUUCAGGAGUUUCUGGCUGCUCUUCAUGUCCAUCUGACAUUCAUCAACUCUGGUGUCAAUUUGCUGUCAUCAUCCUGGUGGUCUAAAAUGUUUGGAGAGAAAUCAACAAAGUUCUACCAGAGUGCUGUGGACAAGGCCUUACAGAGUCCAAAUGGACACCUGGACUUGUUCCUCCGCUUCCUCCUGGGACUUUCACUGCAGACAAAUCAGACUCUGCUACGAGGCCUGCUGACACAGACAGGAAGAGGCUCAGAAACCAAUCUGGUAACAGUCGAGUAUAUCAAGAUGAAGAUUGAAGAGACUCCCUCUGCAGAGAAAAGCAUCAAUCUGUUCCACUGUCUGAAUGAACUGAAGGAUAGUUCUCUAGUGGAUCAGAUCCAACAGUCCCUGAGUUCAGGAAGACUCUCCACAGAUAAACUCUCUCCUGCUCAGUGGUCAGCUCUGGUCUUCAUCUUACUAUCAUCAGAGAAAGACCUGGAUGUGUUUGACCUGAAGAAAUACUCUGCUUCAGAGGAGGCUCUUCUGAGGUUGCUGCCAGUGAUCAAAGUCUCCAAGAAAGCUGUACUGAGUGGCUGUAACCUCUCAGAGAGAAGCUGUGAAGCUCUGUCGUCAGUUCUCAGCUCCCAGGUCUCUAGUGUGAGAGAGCUGGACCUAAGGAACAACAACCUGCAGGAUUCAGGAGUGAAGCUGCUGUCUUCUGGACUGGAGAGUCCAAAUUGUACACUGGAAACCCUGAGACUGAGUGGCUGUAACCUCUCAGAGAGAAGCUGUGAAGCUCUGUCCUCAGUUCUUAGCUCCCAGUCCUCUAGUCUGAGAGAGCUGGAUCUGAGUGACAACAACCUGCAGGAUUCAGGAUUAAAGCUGCUGACUGCUGGACUGGAGAGUCCAAAUUGUACACUGGAAACCUUGAGGGUGGAGCCUGGUAGAGUCCGAUGGUUGAGACCAGGUCUGAGGAAGUAUUCCUGUGAACUAACACUCGACCCAAACACAGUAAACAGAAGAAUCAAACUUUCUGACGACAACAGGAAGGCGUCACGUGUGGAGGAGGAUCAGUCAUAUCCCGAUCAUCCAGACAGGUUUGACUGCUGCCCUCAGCUGCUGUGUAGAGAUGGUCUGACUGGUCGCUGUUACUGGGAGGUCGAGUGGAGAGGAGGAGUUUAUAUAUCAGUGAGUUACAGAGGAAUCAGAAGGACAGGAGACAGUUAUGACUGUGAGUUUGGAUGGAAUGAUCAGUCCUGGAGUCUGAGCUGCUCUGAUGAUGGUUAUUAUGUUCAACACAAUAACCUCUCCUCCUCCUCCUCCUCCUCCUCCUCCUCCUCCGCUGUCUCUGGUAGAGUAGCAGUGUAUAUGGACUGUCCUGCUGGCUCUCUGUCCUUCUACAGAGUCUCCUCUGACACACUGAUCCACCUCCACACCUUCAACACCACAUUCACUGAACCACUUUUUCCUGGCUUUGGGCUCUGGUUGUCUGGUUCUGGUUCCUCAGUGUCUCUGUGUUCUCUGUAGGAGGGAGAGUCUCCUCCUGGUAGAGAACAGAUCAGUUGAGUCUGUACAGGAUCACAGAAAUAUUUUAGCUUCUUGUAAUAAAUCCAUCAAUGAACUUUGUACAAAGUCAUUCAAAGUGAUUGAACAGAUUCUUCAUUUAUAUUGUAAACUUCUUCCACUCCUGUCCUUGGAUGGAAGCUCUGAUCAUUAAAUUGUGCAAAUGCCGGUGACUUGGACCUUCUGUCAUGUGUUGAAUUCUGGCUAUUGUUCCAAUAAAAGCAGAAUGUUACUGUGA